AUUCGUCCUUCGAGUCGGUGAUCGCGCCGGCGCGAUCAGAGCGCAGGUCAGCUUUCGGACUACGCAGCAUAUAAACAAAGACACUCAGAGGGCAGCCGUCGAUUUCAUGCGGAAGUGCAGACCUGAAGCUACAUUUGAGUGCUUGGUUUGUGUAAAUACACCAAGUAAAACUUAAGAUACGAUCAUUUCAAUUCCAUGAAAAAAGUGCGUCCAAAAAAUGCGCUCUUUUAUGCGCGCGUUGCAUUUAUUGUAAUAUUUUUCUAGUUUUUUGUCCAAAAAUGAAACGGAGAAAAACGGGUGAUUCUACUGACUCAUAGCUAUAGGAUGCACGAGAAAACGAGAGGACAAAGAGACGUCUAAGAAAAAACUAAUUUGGUUUAUUAUGACUAGUUUUCGAAGUAUUUUGAGUAGUUUAGCUAAACAUUUGGACUUAUUUGGGGGGCAAUGAGUCGGACACGCUGUCCAACAUGCCGGCGACUUGUUAUUUCUACCUCAGAGCAAAAAAAAAAAAAAAGAUGGACGACCAAGAUUUUUUGUUUACAACGAGAGCUAAAAGACCCGCGUUACAAAUCCAGCUUCUCGACCUUGAGAAUACCUGAUGUAACAGAAGACGACGAUGGGAUUUUCUCUAUUAUGUAUGACGAUGGCAUUACAUUUGAUAUCCUCAGACUGGAAGUUACUGAUUGUUCUUCCAAAGCAGUUUUGACUUACGGUUCUAGGUUCUUACAGACUGUUGUCAGUCAAGCUUCUACCUUGGACUUUCUGCCUUUAGAAUCCUCUGAGCCAGUCGUACUCUGGAAUCAAACAGACAGUCAGGCUGGCAUAGAGGGCAUGGGGGUGAUGGAAAGCCGCUCAUGGGUGGUAUCGCGUGUCACCCAAAAGCAUCAGGGCCACUAUACCUUCAGAAAGAGCGAUGGGCGGUUUCUGUCCAGAAGAAAUUUGGAAGUGGAAGAACAGGUUGAGUGGUACACUCUGGAACGUGGUGAGACAUUCAACAUCAAUUUCUUCCUGGACUCCACCCAGUUCAACCUCAACUAUUUUCAGGAAGGGGACCCAGAGGCCACACUUCUGGUCAGAAAGGGAAUAGAGAUGUAUGACGAUCCCACCCGAAAUAGGCUUGAGAUCAUGGAUAGAGGUUUUCGUUUCCAAAUGUUAAAUUUAGAGAACCAGGAUUCUGGCAAGUUUGAGCUCAGAGACCAGGACAACAACUUGGCAUUAGUAGUUUGGCUGAAUGUAAAACCUCUUGUUCCUGUGGAGACUUAUGUUUUUGUGGGAGUUUCAGUCGUUAUCCUGGUGGGUAUCUGUUGUUGUGUGAGGAAGUGCUGCUGUAAGAGGAACACUUCCAAACGAAACGCCUCUGCUUCCGGGUCAGGGCAGGUCGUGGUCCACCAAGACGAAACCUGUCACAUGACCAGUCAACCCUCAGGCCCAAGUUACCCCAGCCCCCCAUAUUUUCAGAGUUAUGCUAGUGAACCGGUCGUCACAAUAUCCCCCGCUGCACCCUCUGGCCCAACGUAUCCCUACCAGUCCACUGCUCCUCCCCCCAAUCCAUCGUCCACUGACACGACGACCCUUAAGGAUGAGCCCCACACUCAGGUGUCCACCUCCACAGGACUGGAUCCUCCUUCGUUCUCUCUGGGUUUCGACUUCCUCUCUUCGGAUUCUGAGACUCAGUUCAAGCUUCCUCAGAGACUAAACCACCACACUGACUUCUCUCCCAGCUCAGACCCUUCCCCCUCUGCAGAUGUCUACAACUCUGACAAAUUGAACUUCCUGUAAAAGAAAAUACUGGAUUUUGUGGGACCUUGGUCUGGUCACAUGUCUGUUAUGUGGGCGAAUUCUAUGGAUAAGUAUGAAUUAUUUAUCAUUUAUUGUGGGCAUAUGUGGGCACCUUCUAAGGAUUAUUCAGGUCUACUUUGUUGAGUUGAGGAUGAAUGCAAGCCAAAUCACCUUCUCCAGUUUUUAUACAUUUAUGUUUUAUUCUCUGAGAAUUUGUGCCUUUAAAACAAAAAUGUUUUGUGCUCUGAUGGGUUAUCCAAUAUUUUGUACUAGGACUAUCCACCACCAGUUAGCAGUCACUUCUGCGAAUCUAACUGCACUGCCCUUGAUGCCCUGUGUACUAAACCUCCCUUCACCAGUACAGGUUUGGGAAUAUCUACCUGCUUGCAUUAGUCCUGGUGCUGGUUAUGGCCUUUCCUGGUUGUCUUGCCAGGCCUUUCUGACCUCAUAUACUAUUGGACAACUCAAUGUCCCAUAGCCAAUAGAAACUAUUCUAACUUUGUGUGUUGUUUUGGACUUUAAUAAAGAUGUCGUCCGCACUAAGCUUCCCUGUCUACCUCAACAAAAGAGAAAAGAAAAGAUAAUUGUGAUGCAGAACUAGAUGCAGUAAUUGGUCCCCUCUCUCUCAAUAAGCCGGUCUCACUGGAGACCUUAUAGACAUUUCUGGGAAGAUAUAAGAGAAUUACUACUGCAGGCUUUUUGGAAAUCUUAAGGACAUAUAUUCUCCCACCCACAAUGAGAUGCGCAAAUUUGAUAAAAGUGCAAUAAAUAAACAGAACUAUGUAUCUAAAACUACCUAUACCACCUAAAAUGAAAGAAACACAUUUCAAAAUUAUGAACAACAUAUAUCCCUCCAAAGAAUUACUUAGGCUUCGUUUUGAUAUUAAUGAUAACUUGCUCAUUCUGUGAAUUUGACGUGGAAAACACACACCAUAUAUUUUUCUCAUGCAGGGUACAACAAACAUUUCGUCUCGACAUCCACAAAUGGAUAAAACUAAAUGUCUCACUAUUCCCAGCUUCUAUCUCAAGAGAUGAUGUUACAUUUGUGAUGAGACUGCAAAACAAAAUUAUGAUUUAUGUUGCAAUGUUAUACUAUGUAUUGCACAGUUUGUAUGCAGAGUCUUGAAAUCAUCCCCCAAAUUUCCUUUUUUCUUAUAUUAAUUUAAAUGAUACCAUAACUCCUUAAAAUUGUAAACAGAAGAAAAGAACAAGAAUUGUAUGAUAUGCUAAAGCACUUUCCCACAAUGUCAACAAACCAUAACUGAACUGAACUACCCCUUUUAUGUCAUAUUAUUUAAUUGAUUUAAUGUAUAUGUAUAUUCAAUUUAUUUUUGUUCUUGUUUUGUCUGUUUCCUUUUCACUUCACUUGUAAUUCAUUCUGUAUUAUAAAAUGUGCAUUUUUUAUUACGAUGUUAUUAUGCAAUUUGGUAAAUGUUCUGUACAUUCAUGUUCAAAAAGAGUAUUGAUGUGGCAAUGUAUGGUUUGUUAAAAUUAAAAAUAAAAAUGCGGGAAACUCCCAGAACUUCCGUGAGACU